GGUUUGUCCAAUUUAUAGAUACUCGGAAGUACACAUCCUAAAUAACAUUUGGCGAUGGGGAGAUGGCAUUUGAUGAAGUAAUGAUAGCUGUAAAAGCAUCCAGAACCACUGCGGUCCAGCUUUUAUGAAGUGUUUUCCGCUGUCACUGAAGACCGCAAGAUGUGAUUAAAGAGUUGCGAAGAUUGACAGGAUUGACCAUAAGAUGCUGACUGCUGGAUGAAAGCCAAAGCAUGGGUUCAUAUGGAUCACCUUUUAUCAACGAUAUUACACGUAACGAGAGAAGCGGAUGACGCAUUCCAUGUAGGCCUACAUGUUAUGUGGAAGUCAUGUAAAGUUCUUGUAAAGGGAAUGUAGUUAUGAGACACAACUUUUAUUAUUUUAGAAGAAAAGUGUGCGAACAAACCUAUGAGACUUCAAAGAAACAUUAGCAUUGACUUAUAUGUUCUUGCCAAGACGUGACUUGGACUGAUAAGAUGCAUCUCAAACAAAAUAUAUUGUAGAAUCAUCAAACAGACUAACUGGCUAACAGGUAACUGGACCUAGUUCAAGAAUAUUAUAAGAAUAAUACACACCAAAUACUAUAUAGAUACUAUUUCCAAGAGAUGGAUCUGUUGCAAGACUGAAGUGGACAGCACACUGAAGAGUAUCAGGAGGAAAAAGGAUGAACAAUUGUACCUCGAAUAGCAGUUCAUCUGCAGUUGACUAUGCGUCCCGUUUACUCCCUUGGCAAGAUGUCGUAUUGGGAGUGUCUUUGACAAUAGUUGAUGUCUUUGCUCUUAUAUUAAACGGAAUAGUAUUCACAAUAUUCUGUACAUUGCGGACCAAGUUACAUAGGCACGACUUACUUAUUCUCAAUUUGGCCAUAUCUGACAUAAGCUUGCCUGUUUUUGCUUAUCCACUUGCUAUUUAUUCAUUGUUUAAGCACCAGUGGAGCUUUGGUAAUGCAGGCUGCAUAUACUACGGCUUCAUCAGCUUUUUUGCAGGGGUUUACAGCAUUGGCCUACUAACAGCUAUCAGUAUUUCAAGAUACAUGAAAUUGUGCAAGACAAGCAAUGCUGAGCUGUCUGUGUGUAAAAUCAACUGUGGAGUUCUGGGAUCAGUGUUGUACUCAUUGGGUUGCAGUUUACCACCUCUAUUUGGCUGGGGCGAAUAUGGGCCAGACCCUCACGGAACGUCCUGUUCUUUAAAGUGGGACAGUCGAUCAGGAGGCCAGGUUUCCUACGUAGCUACCCUGGUUGUCGUUGGAUAUGUUGCUCCACUGGCUAUCAUGAGCGCAUGUUAUGGCUGUAUUCUACGAAAAGUGUUCGCCCAAAAAAGAAUUGUAAAUAAAAAAUCGAGAAGAUUGAAGAAAAUGGAUGUGAUGGAAAUCCGUUUGUGUAAGAUGUCUGCAGCUAUGGGGCUAGGAUUCAUGCUGGCGUGGACGCCAUACGCUAUAGUCAGCUUUUGGAUAACCUUUGAGAAUGCUCCGUCAGUUCCUCCACUGUUGACUGUAAUUUCAGCAAUUCUUGCCAAAGCUUCACACGCUUACAAUCCAGUUAUAUAUUUCCUUAUGAAUAGGACAGUUAGAGACAAAAUUAGAACUCUGUUUGAAAUGUCUGCCCCCCAAAGACAGCGGAUUGAACUCAGGUUGUCUUCAAAUGAGACCCUUGCAUACACCAGGGAAAAUACUGCCACAUGCAGAUUACACGGCUUACUAACAUGUAGACAUACCUCCUGUAGAAUGGCGUUAAGAACAUUUUAAAUUUAUGAACAUGUACUGCGUUGAUUUCAUUAAAAAUUGGUAAUGAAUCUUAUUACAUUUAGACAUUAUACCAGAAUACCGAAAGUGCUUAGCUUUGCAAGAUACAAAAUGUUUUGUCGAAAAUCCUCAGUGAUUCACCAGAAAAUAACAUUUGUAUUUUUAAAGUUUCUGUUUGUUAAUCAUGAUUGUUUAAAAUAAGUUAUAUAAUUUAAGAUAAUUAUAUAUAUAUAUUUUUUUUAUUUUUAAAUAUUAAUUGACAUCUAAUUUACGCUGAAGCAUUGUUUUAUCUGUCUGACGUCAUGGUGGAGUUACAUGUAUGUUACGAGUAUUUCCACUGAAAUGGGAUUGUGCUGGAUUCCAUGUUUCUCACCUAACGCAUUUAUCAGCACCUCAGCUGAGGUUAUCUUACGGUCAAGGCAAAGCUGUUUUGAGGCAGGAUUUUGUUGAUUUGAAAUUUCAAUCCUUCAGAGAGAAAACAACAAUAAGAGAGGCCAAAACAUUGUUUGCCUUUGCCCAGUGAACAAUGCAUCAU